ACUGCCAGGACCCCUAAUCAGACAGUGAAGGUGUGCUGAGCAACAGUGAAACUCUUUCUCACUUUAAUCAAUAUCCACACGAGUUUGAGUAAUAAUGAUCAAGGUAUUGCUUAAAAGCAAGUUAUACUGAGAUCAUAUCGACGGGAUUCAUGUAAUAUGGCUACUACUGAGAAUGCAGAAUCGGGUUCACCAGAAAAUAAAGUGGGUCGGGCCAACCCAGAUGCCAAGUACCCUCUGAAGGUGCUCUACUGUGGAGUGUGUUCCUUGCCAGUAGAGUACUGCGAGUACAUGCCUGAGCCAGCCAAAUGUAAACAGUGGCUUGAGAAGAACUUUCCUGAUGUGUUUGCGAAACUGACUCUCGGUACAGCACCCAAACGGGAAACAGGAGGGGGAGGUGGAGAAGGAGAUGAGGUGCCCCCUGCAGGAGAGGAAGAGGAGAAGAAGAAACAGAAGAGAGGUGGAAGAGGUCAGAUCAAACAGAAAAAGAAGACCGUCCCUCAGAAAGUUACAAUAGCAAAAAUCCCAAGAGCUAAAAAGAAAUACGUCACAAGGGUGUGUGGCAUGGCCACUUUCGAUAUAGAUCUAAAAGAGGCUCAAAGGUUCUUUGCCCAGAAAUUCUCCUGCGGUGCAUCAGUGUCAGCAGAGGAUGAAAUCAUCAUUCAGGGAGAUUUUACAGAUGACAUCAUCGAUGUUAUCCAGGAGAAGUGGCCUGAGGUGGAUGACGACAGCAUCGAAGAUCUUGGAGAGGUCAAAAAGUGAAGCCCAAUAUGCACUUUUACUGAAACGGAUGCGAUGUGACACAGCAAACCUGGCCAGAUGUACACAUCGACAUACAGCCCUUUUAUAUCUAUUUUAUUUACUGUAUAGAAUUCUGUGGACUUGGCUAAAUCCUUGGGGUUUUUCAGUUCUUGAUAGCUGCUUUCUCUUUUGGUUGCCAAAGGUCUGGAAUGAUGUGACUCCUUAAAGCAUUUCACACAUGCAUACAAUAGACUAAUAAAGUUUCGGUCUCAUUCGCUUA